GUCUACACGUGUGUAGUCUCAGUGCAAGGGCAGCACUCUGAGGUAAUCUCGGGUAAUCUCUGGAUAAUGGACACUACCUUUCCUCCUAUGAAGAAUGACUUGAUUCUUCGGGUUGCUUGUGGCGAAGAGACUGAUAGAACACCGGUCUGGGUCAUGAGACAAGCAGGAAGAUAUUUGCCUGAAUUUCAGGAAGUCAGGAAGGAGUAUGAUUUUUUUACAAUAUGCCGGACACCCGGGUUAGCUUGUAAAAUUACUUUGCAGCCACUUGAUAGAUUUGACCUAGAUGCGGCAAUCAUUUUCAGUGAUAUAUUGGUCAUACCUCAAGCAGUUGGUAUGGAAGUCCAAAUGGUCCCAGGAAAGGGCCCAACUUUCCCCUCUCCUCUAAAGAAUCCUGAUGAUUUGAAGAAGCUAACGUUCCCAGUUGACGUCAAUAAAGAGCUUGGCUAUGUCUUUGAGGCUAUUACUCUUACCAGACAUCGGCUCAAUGGAAGAGUGCCAUUAAUAGGAUUCUGUGGAGCACCAUGGACGUUGAUGUCGUAUAUGAUAGAAGGUGGUGGUAGCCCAACACUGAGUAAAGCAAAGUCCUGGCUUUACCGUUAUCCUGAGAACAGUCAUCAACUCUUGAAAGCACUGACUGAGGUUUCAGUUGAUUAUCUUGAAGGUCAGGUUAAAGCUGGCGCCCAGUUAUUGCAAGUAUUUGAGUCGCAUGCGGGUCUUCUUGGACCUGAAUCUUUCUCGAAAUUUUGUUUGCCUUACUUAGAGCAAAUUUGUAAGUCUCUCAAGCAGCGCCUUGGUGAUAAAGCUGUCCCUAUGAUAAUUUUUGCCAAAGGAGCGAAUUCUUGUCUUCAUCAGUUGGCUAAUAUUGGCUAUGAUGUGGUUGGUGUUGACUGGACUAUUGAUCCUGACAAAGCUAGGUCACUGAUUGGUGAUUCUGUUGCAUUGCAAGGCAACUUGGAUCCAUGCCAGCUCUACGCUCGUAAAGAUGACAUUGCUCGAGCAACAAGAACAAUGAUGGAUAAGUUUGGUCGAGGGAAACUAAUAGCUAACCUUGGUCAUGGUAUUUAUCCUGAUGUUAAUCCUGAUCAUCUCAAGAUAUUCAUCGACACUGUUCAUAGUUAUUCUCAGCAUUAGCACCUAGUAGCAUUAGCAGUAGUAGUUGCUUUUAAUAACUAUACAGCCAUAAUUAUGUUUCCCAUUCUAUAGAUGUAAUGUGUUACUUUUUGCUAAAAAAGGAGCUUUUUAUAUCAAA